AAGGGCCAGCCCAACAACCCAGAGGGGCACUUCUAAGCCAGGAACAUCUUCAGGAUGGACAUUUUCCUUCUCUGUGUGUUCCUGCCUCUGGUGACUGUGGCAUGGGGCCAGUACAGUGACUAUUACUAUGGUCCCUAUAAUUAUGGAGAUAAUGAUGAAUGGGUCAAUGUGUACCGGCAAGGUUUCAACUUUCAGUGCCCACACGGGCAGGUGAUCGUGGCCGUCAGAAGCGUCUUCAGCAAGAAGGAAGGCUCUGACAGACUGUGGAACUAUGCCUGCAUGCCAGCAUCCCAGAGCCUCGGUGAGCCGACAGAGUGCUGGUGGGAAGAGAUCAACAGGGCAGGAACCGAAUGGUAUCAAACCUGCUCAAACAAUGGGCUGGUGGCUGGUUUCCAGAGUCAGUAUUUUCCAUCGGUGCUGGACCGUGAAUGGCAAUUUUACUGCUGCCGCUAUAGCCGGAGAUGCCCGUACUCCUGCUGGUUAACAACAGAAUAUCCAGGACACUAUGGAGAAGAUAUGGACAUGAUGAUGUACACUUACGACUAUUACAUCCGUGGGGCAACCACAACUUUCUCUGCUGUGCACAGGGAUCGUCAGUGGAAAUUUAUUGUCUGCAGGAUGACAGACUAUGACUGCCCAUUUCAAAAUGUUUAAAAAGAUUGAGUGUACUCCACUUGGAAAGCUCGGGGACAGACAGGGUGGGAUGAGGAUUAGUGAUUACAGAAGAAGGUCAGUUAGGCUCACAAAAGGGUACCAAGACUCAUCAGCUGUCUGCUGAACACAUAAUUCUUUCCCUCUGGAGCUAAUACAUAAAUUGCCAGCAUACAUGCUUGUAACAGUGAAUUCAGAGGAUUCUUUCUAGCUGCACUGACAGUUGUAUCCCCGAAUUAAAUUUGCUUAUGACAUAAAUACAUACAUCUAUUCCCAGCUCCACCUGUGCUCCUCACAGGACUUGUUUAUGAUACAGAAAUCUAUGGCACAUGCAGAGUUGCCUUUUUUAUAUAUACAUAUAGCCAUUCUAAACACAUACAAAUUCCUUUCACAUAGCAGCUCUAUAUAAAUGGCUUCCCAGCGCAGCUGCUCCGAAUGAGGUGGAAACCUACUAUAUACUUCCCAACAUACACUAGACUUUCCUGUCUUCUACUUUGUACUUGGAACCAAUCCAGUGAUCCCUACCAGCUUCUCAGACCUGGAAGUGUGCAGAAAACAUCAUUGGAAGGUGUCUGAUGAGCUGUAUCUGUCAUGACCUGUUGCAGCCCUCAGCAUAACUCCACUGCCACAAAGGUCUGCCUACACGGGAGAAUUCUGGGUAUUUACAACAGGAAGACAUCAAUAUCUGAUAAAAGUGAGAGUAGCUCUACCAAUAAAAACAGAAGUCUAACCCAGCUUUA